AUGUUCAACACACUGAUGAAGCUGGUCAUCGAGCACAACCUAGACAGUAGUCUAGCCUGGAAUAUGGAUGAGACCAGCUUCAUCAGUAAGCAUCAGUCGGGAGCUGUGCUAGCAGUACGCGGGUCUGCGAAUGUGUGGACGGCGGCUAGUGAGACAACACUUCACCUGUCGGUUGUUGCUGCUAUUAGUGACGAAGGACGUGCCGCAGCACCGCUCUACAUUUUGCCAAACAAAAGUCAGCAAAUCUUGGCACUUCCACCGUCGCCAGUACGCAAGGAGAGCUUUCAAAAGACAAUUGACGCCAGCAGCAAAAGCUUACGCAAGCAAGCCUUGCUGGUGACGCCGCCUCGCAAGAAACGGGUGACUAGCGGUGGUGCUCAAGCUCCAGCUCUGGACUCGGUAGGCAGUACCAAUAACGACGAGUCUGCCGUCCGGCCACUAUUCGCUGUCGAGGUCGUGGAGAGCGCACUCGUCUGA